UCCAAUAGCACACAACACAAAGCCUCCAGUUCCGCUGCUGUACGUGUUCACUCAUUUGUUAUAUAAGAUCGAGGAAGCAGAAAUGAGUGAGAAGAAUCAGAUGCGUGCACCAUCCACCACCCACCACGCGCGUCCACGUACGAAGGCAAGGCACCAGCCCAAAACAGGGAGAGCAAGCAUAGCAGAGCGCCAGAGCCAAGAAGAACUCAAGUCAGCUAGCUAGACACUCUCUGAUCCUUGCUGGUUCGUUGAUGCAUGGCUUCCUUGUUGCGUUGGAAGGACAGGUACGUGAAGGAGAGGCUGCUAGGCCUCUCUGGCCUGUCCUGCUCCUCCGCGGCGUCCACCUCCGUCGUCGCCUCCACUGGCCGCGCCAUCGACCGCCACUCUCCGCGCCUUCGUGACUCUCACCGGCGUCUUCCGCCAUCCCUGCCCAAGCCACCCUGCUCUCCUUUCAGUAGUGCCAAAGAUUCCUCCACCUCCAUGAAGCAGCAGCAGCUUUGCCACUACGACGACGAUGGCAAAGACAGAAGGAAGAAGAAGAGCACAGAAGCAGACGCUGGUAGUGGCAGGGGUUGCUCGUCGACGACGCCGUCGUCAGAGCAUAGGAAAAACAAGAAGAAGGAGGUGCAGCUCCAGCAGGUGAGCCCCGCGAGCUCGUCCAGGUUCCUGCUCAACUCCUCCAGGCUCAUGAUGCAGUCCGACGACGAAAUCACCGUCGUCGACUCCUUGCCGCCACUUCCGUCCCCGCGGCCCUCCUUCAUUAAGGACGCCGACGACGACAUCGAAAUAUUCCCAACCAGCCACGGCGAUGCCGUGAUGCCGGCUGGUCCAUCGAGGCCUCAGCUCCUGGCGCCGCCAGUGGAAUUAUUCGCCGAGCCGUCUGCAUCAGGUGCAGGGUCCUCCUCGUCAUCGUCAGAAAUAGGAAGAGGCCAUGUCGUUGCCGGUGACAACACUGUCGUGGUGAGAUCAUGUUCCACGAGAACAGGCCAGAACCAGGUGGUGGUUUUGAGGGUAUCUCUACACUGCAAGGGGUGUGCUGGCAAGGUGAAGAAGCACAUCUCCAAGAUGGAAGGGGUUACUUCUUUUGACAUCGACAUCGCGACGAAGAAGGUGACGGUGGUGGGAGAUGUAACACCGCUAGGCGUCCUCAACAGCAUCUCCAAGGUCAAGAGCGCUCAGUUCUGGACGGACACUCGCUCGUAUUUGUCCACGCCGCCGCGAGCCUCCGCCACCUUCUGAGCUACUCCAAUACCUUCAAAACCCACUUGAUCGUCUCGGACUGGGACGCCACGGUCUUUCGAGCCUUUUCUCCAUAUUAUUGUCGGUUGGAAAAUAUAUUUGUAAAAUCCAAUCAGAAAAUUGUUCUAUUACAAAACGCGCAUUUUACGACAUGUAAAACUUUUACUAUAUAAAUAUGUAGAAGCUGCAUCUAUCUGUGGUAACCCGUGUCGUAUAUAAAAUUCUUAAAAUACUA